CCUCCCCUUCUAGGAGAGGCCAAAGGUCAGGAGCAGGAGGAGGGACGUCUUCCAGAUGCAGAGAGUUUACGAGGCAAUGGGGACAUAAGGGAGCCAACCUCAGCCACCUUCCGCUUCCCGCAGAAAAUGGUCAGAGGAAGACGCUUCAACCCACCUUUGGACCAGGACGGAAGAUGGUUCCCUCAGAUUGGACUAACGCAGAAGACACCGGAAUCCAUCACAAGUGCUAUGUUGAAAGAACCGCACAGCCCACGUGUGUCUCAGCAAGUGGAGGGGAGGCUACCCCCAAUCUACAAGGUUCGAGAGAAGCAAGCGGUAGAUAACAACUUCCCCUUCUCCGUACACGACAAUCGCUACAGCUUUCAGAGCUCUGGAUGCUACCUUGACUCUGGCCUGGGACGUAGGAAGAUCUCCCCAGAGAAAAGGCAACACGUUUCAAGAAAUUUCAAUCUGUGGGCAUGUGACUAUGUCCCAUCUUAUCUUGAUGGCUUUUCAAAUAACCAAAUAUCUUAUGUCUGUCAAGAAAUCGUGGUGGUCCCAAUUUUCAGACGCUUCCCAAAGCAUUAUAAUGAGAUAUGGAACUCUUUUAAAUUUAUUCCUCAGAGAAGCUAUACAGAGUUUUUGAAAAAGAAUCCCAAAUUCAAAUCAUACAGAGGAACCAGAAGUCCCCCUUGAUUUCAUCACAUCUCCAAUCCUUGUCCUGUCCCCAGAAGAGCCAGCGUCAGAAAGAUCCAAGAAGCUUUGUUUCGGCUCCACCUGGGCGCUGGUCUGGUCGCGUCGCUCGGAGCCGUGGAGCUGGUUCCCAGGGGAAAGAACGAGUGCGCUCGCGACCCAGGGUCACAUAGUUGUUCGCGGGAUUAUAAGUGACCGCGGUAGCAUCUGGCCUUCCCUGCCCGAGAACACAUUGCUGUUCCUUAGGCCUGAAGGAGAAACGUUGAAGCCAUCGUAAAUAUUCUCCCGCCGUUUAUAACCUUGGUCAAAGCACCCAGGACCCUCGUCAGCCACGAGUGACGUGUGCAGUCCUUCCGCACACGCCAUGGCGGUCCCCAGAAAGGACAGGCAAGUCUCAACAACACCCCGUGGGAGAAAUCAGAUUGUUCCCCUGAGAACAGACAGGCACCCAGGCCUGAGCAAACCAAUGCCUGACAUCUGUCACAUUCGGGAUCUUUAAAAGGAGGGAUUCGGCUCUGUGCGUCCACAGUCACUGGAGAGCUCAGUGUCUUUAGCCAAUCAGGACAGUUCUGAUCAAAGCAGAUAUGUUUGCCAACUCAACCUGGCCUAAUUUCUAGCUCCUUCCUAACAGGGCUCUGCCCCCUUCCCUUUGGGCCUCGUGAGCCACAUUCUCACGGGCACCAAUUGAAUAAAUGUAAGACAUGCCCAAACA